AUGGCACACCGAUUGGUCGUUCUUGCCCUGAUCUUCGUGGCCCUUGUCGGCCUUGUUACCGCUGCCAACACGCCUUCUAAAUCCCCGGCUUCUGCCCCCAAAGCAGGGCCGCCACCAAAGGGUGGUGGUUCUGCCGGUGCCCCAAAAGCAUCUGACGGUUCUUCUCCAUCCCCCUCUUCCAAGUCCAGUCCUGCCUCCUCCCCAUCAAGCGGGUCAUCGCCUAGCCCGUCUUCCGAUGGCUCAGCCGCUAGCCCACCUGCACCGGAGUCCGGUGAAGCUCCAGAAUCGUCCGAUGCACCAUCACCGUCAGAUGCAGAUGCAGAUGCAGAUGCACCAGCGUCUGAAGAAUCAGAUCGUGCCACCCCAAAGUUCAAGAUCUCUGCCGCCACGGGUGCUGCCGCUUUCGCCGGAUUCUUUCUCUUCUAG